AUGUCGUUCAACCAGGCUGCCUCUACGGCGACACCUUCCGUCGACCACUCGAACCUCGACUUGGAAAAGCAAAAUUCUUCUAGCAAUGGCGACGCCGACGCUUCUACCGCAGUUGGCCACGCCGACACCUCUAUGACCGAAAAGGAAGCCACAACAGCGGCGGCAGCAGCGCCAGCCACACCUCUCAAAGGCGCAUCCGUCGGCUUUGCCCCCCAAGCAACUCCUGCCUACAUCCCUGCCGACGGCUCGGAUCCUGCAGCGACGCGUCCAACAAAGACCUUCUCUCGACGCGAGCGCAGCGAGGCAAACGACUCGACCCACCCCUUUGGCGGUGAUCUCGAACGCGCAGACACCGAAAACCACCUUGAGCGUUUCCAGUCCCAAGCCGGAAAGGACGUUGUCAUUGUGCACUGGGAAGGCGAGAACGAUUCCGAGAACCCUUUUACCUGGUCUAGGGCUUACCGAUGGUACCUCACCAUGCUUGCUGGUACCCUCGUGCUCAACUCCACUUUCACCUCGUCCGCGCCCUCUGGUAUCGUGCCAGACCUCGAACGCGAAUUCGGCUUCGGUCGCGAAGUCGCGGUGCUCAGUCUAUCAAUCUUCAUUGCAGGUUACUGUCUCGGCCCGCUGCUUUGGGGCCCUCUCUCGGAACAGUACGGUCGACGACCCGUCUUUAUCGUUGCUAUGUUCGCCUAUACAUGUUUCAACGUAGGAUGCGCACUCUCCAAAAACACCGCUUCCAUCCUCAUUUUCCGUUUCCUCGCCGGUACCUUCGCCGCCUCGCCGCUGACCAACUCGGGCGGUGUGAUCGCCGACUUGUGGGAUGCCAAGACGCGUGGCAUCGCUCUUUCGCUCUUCUCGCUCGCUCCUUUCGCCGGUCCUGCGCUUGGACCCAUCGUUUCGGGCUUUAUCAAUGUCACGCAUACGUCGUGGAGGUGGCUCUUCUGGGUUUGCACCAUCUUCUCUGGUGUCUGCCUUGCCUUCGUCGUCUUGACGCUUCCCGAGACGUACGCUCCCAUUAUCCUGCAGAAAAAGGCGCGCAGGAUCCGCAAGGAGACCGGAGACGACCGAUACCGUGCUCCCAUCGACCUCGUUAAGUUCGAGUGGAAGGACCGCCUCAACAAGACCCUCCUCAAGCCCUUCAUCAUGCUCGCUCAGGAACCUAUGCUGCUCGUCAUGACCAUCUACCUCUCCUUCAUCUACGGAGUUGUAUACUUGCUCUUUGAGGCCUACCCGAUUGUCUUCCAACAGGGCCAUGGUUUCAACGCGGGCAUCUCAGGAUUGAUGUUUGUUGCCUUCUUCCUUGGAGGAUGCGCCGCCGUGCUGCUCUACGUGUUUUAUUUCAACCCCAAGUACGCCAAGGAGGCCGACGAGCUCAAAGCGCAGGGCAUCAACCGUGUGCCUCCCGAGGAGCGUCUCUACCCCAUCAUGCUGGCUGGACCGUGCCUCACCAUCGCCUUCUUCUGGUUCGGCUGGACCUCUUACCCUUCCAUCAGCUUCUGGUCGCCCAUGAUGGCCGGUGCGCUCAUUGGAUUUGGUGUGCUCUUCUGCUUCCUGGGCGUCUUUAACUACCUCAUCGAUGUCUACUUGGCCAACGCGGCGUCGGCGCUGGCUGCCAACACCGUCUGCCGUUCGGCGGCAGGUUUCGGAUUCCCCCUGUUUGCGACGCAGAUGUACGAGACGUUGAACCCUCGAUGGGCUUCGUCGCUGCUUGGGUUCAUUGCGCUGGUUAUGGUGCCCAUUCCGUUUGCUCUGUACAAGUUCGGACCCAAGAUCCGAGCCAUGUCCAAGCACGCCAUGUAA